AUGGAAGACCUAUUAGCUUUUAUAAUACAGUUGCAAAAACAACAAGAAGAACAGCAACAGGAUUUGCAGAAGCAACUAGAACAGCAACAACUAAAACAACAACAAUUAUUGGAACUCUAUGCAAGGAAGUCUGUAAAUGCGUUAAGUUCAUUUUCACCAGACAGCAUAUUGAACUCGAUUAUGGAAUUCAGUUAUGCCCCAGAAGAGGGUAUAACUUUUGCAAUGUACUACAGAAGGUACAAGGAGAUUUUUAAGGAAGAUUGUAAGACAUGGUCAGACGAAGUAAAAGUAAGGUUAUUAUUACAUAAAUUAGCUUCAUCUGAGUGUGAACAACACUGUAGUUUCAUAUUACCCAAAAAGUCUUGUGAAAUUUUUUUUCAGGAAACAAUCAAAUUACUAUCUGACAUAUUCGGUGAUAAAACUUCUUUCUUUAAUACUCGAAUGGAGUGUUGGAAUUUAAUAAAAAAGAGGAUGAUGACUUUAUUAUAUAUGCAGAAACAGUCAACAGAAUGUGUAAAAGUUUUAAACUUGAAGAACUUACCCCUGAGAUGUUUUAACUCUUCGUUUUUGUACAGGGCCUUACAGCAAAUGAAGAUACAGAAAUACGGGCAAGAAUUCUUUCAAAACUUGAAGCAACGACCAAGAUUGAAACUUGCAGACUGUUGCAGAAGGGUAUCAAAGUAUAGUAAACCUGAAACACGACAUAAGAAAAAUUCAAGAAAAGGAUUUCGCAAAAAUACUGAUAUGUUGACCAAGAAAGUGUAA